AUGCCCCUUCAAAUCCUUCUAGAUUGCACCAAUAGUAAAAGACAGCUGUGGUCAGUUGAGUUGUCCACUCAACAAUUACCCACUCGACAGAUUGGGGGAGCAAUCGAGUAUUGUGGCGGCGUUGCUAGCAGUUUAGUUCCACAUUCUGGCUACAAGGGUAAGACGUUGGCGAUACCAGGAAGCUGUGACGUUUUGUAG